CCGACGCCGUACGUAGCAGGUGUCGAAGGGAGUGGCCAAUGAAUACCUUAUGCUACUUAGAGGGUUUACAGGGUCAUACAGGCUCGGUUUCCAUAUACGAGGGCGCUACAAAACGUGGUAGAAACGUGAGCGAAACUCUCGCUGAAGAGCGCAGAAAUCCGACAUGACACGAGAACACUUCUUGGAAGGGAAGGACAUCGUUGUCGCUGGAGCAGGAGUGGCAGGUCUCGCAUUUGCACUCAACCUACAGAGACAAUGGGGAGACAAUGUUCCCCCACUGAGGGUGGUCGUCUACGACCGCGACAAGCGAGAAGUCGACCUCAGGCGGCAAGGAUACUCACAGACGCUGAGUGGCAUCAAAGAGGACACCGGGCUCGUCGUCUUGAAGCAACUGGGGCUCUUGGACAAAGUCAUAGAUGGCGCCGUGAUGACAGACGCCAUCAGCAAGUUCACGAUAUGGGACAAGGACUGGAACGCCUCCCCCAGCUUCAACGUGCCAGCCUAUGGCGACAUGCCAACCUCCGCUGUGCGCAUCCCGCGACGCGUCCUGCGAACGAUUCUCAUUGAAGCUGCGGAGGCUGCCGGUAUUGAGGUUCAUUGGAGUGUAUCGUGUGAAGACUUCGAGUACCUCGACGACGGUCGGGUUGGCAUACGCCUCCGCAACGCAGAUGACGGUGAAAUAAUCGAGACAAGAGCAUGCGAUCUACUCGUCGCUGCGGACGGCGCAAACAGCAAGAUCCGGACCAUCCUACGCCCCGAUGAUACAUUGCAAUAUACUGGCCUGAUGAUGAUGGGCGGUGUUGCCGAGUUCCCCCACGGCGCUGUUCCAGAUCACAUCAGAGACAAAUGGGGCAUGGUUCUCACAGACCAAGGUAUAUCCUGCUUCCUUUCGCCUACAAGUCAAAUGGGAUACCAUUGGGGGCUCAGCUGGUGGGAACAGAGUCCUCGCGCGCCUCCAGCAACUUGGUCCAUCGAGUAUACCCAGAGCCUGAAGUCAGAGGCCCUCCGGCGCAGCCGAGUGAUCGCAGAUCCCUUUGCCACCAUCGUCAAACGAACCGACCCAUCCACCAUGUUUAUCAUGGCUGGAAUGGACAAGCGACCCUUCAGCCACGAGCAUCUGAGAAAGGUAGUCUUCAUCGGCGACAGCAAUCACGCCUUCUCUCCACUGGCAGGCAACGGCGCCAACGUGGCCCUUAAGGACGGUUAUGACCUGGCUGAGCAGCUUUGUAAGGCGUCUUGUAUGGAUGAUGCUAUUUCACAGUUCGACCGUGAGAGUGUUCCGAGGGCCCUUCGCACACUUGACAGGUCACAUGAGCGCAUCGCCAGCGCACACACCACACAGCUUGAUCGCGAUCAGUUUACGGACGGCUCGGGUGCGAAUGACUUCUUAGUUGGACAGCAGCACAGUGACAAAUAGGACUAUGAAAGUAGCUUACACUGUGUAUUGGUCUCUUUGGGUCAUGGCGUAUCCAUAUUAUUCUAUGUGUCGGAGGGACCUCAUGUGUCUUGGGAAAAGUUGC